AAAUGCAUGUAAAUAAUGCCUCUUCGAAGAAGGUCUAAAGCAUUUUCAGCGUGGGAGGAAAAGAAAAUCUUUGAUGUCAAGCUUUGUGCUCUCAAAAUAGUGUUCAAGCACAGUAAAAUCAACAUAAACUACAAUUCAAUUCGUAAUCAAAUACUUUUAAAGGACAUGGGUUCAAGUUUCAAGUUCAUAUUAGAAAUAUCAGUUAUCUCUGUACUAUCAUGCUGUUGUUUGGGUCAAAAUAGUGGUAUGGUUGCCUUAAAUAAUAUUGGUCAACCUGAAACAUCUGAAGUGUUAUCAAAGAAGGAUUUAAAGUCCAUUCAUGGUGUUGCCAAAAAUAUAUCUUAUUCAAAAGGGAAAAUUAUAAAGUCCAGAGAAGGUGACUUUGAAUAUAGAAGAUCAUUUACAUCAAAAGUGGAAAUUGAAGUUAAUUCCUUGCAAUUGCAAAAUGUUAUAACAGAAAUUAGAAAAAUUAUAUCUCAAAAUAGUUUUGCCAAAUCUCUGCUUUUGGAAAAUUUAGAUUUUUUAGAAAACUUGGUUCAUCAGUAUGACAUUGGCAAAAAAUUUGUAGACAUAGGAGGUUUCCAACUUAUUCUAUCAUUAACAAGAUAUAAAGAUGAGGAUAUUUCAAAAGCUGCUUUCAAUAUAUUGUCUGCUGCUAUGCAAGGAAAUCAAGAAGUACAGAUAUAUGCAACUAAAACUGACCUAUUAAAGUUUAUAAAUGACACUUUGACUUCACUUGUUUCAUAUCAGACAAGUAGUGUUUUACUUACUCUAUCUACCUUUGUUCGUAAUUGUCCUGAAGCUUUAAGCUCUUUCAUAGAAAAACAGGGAAUUCAAACAUUGAGCCUUUUGCUCAACAAUUCUUGGACAAUUCGAAAGGUUCAAAUGAGAAUUGUUGAUGUGCUGAGAGAUAUGACAGCUGAGAUUUAUGAUGAUAAUCCUGAUACUGUUUCUUCUCUUCUGUUAAGAAUAAAGAAGAACUUUACACGUGACAUUGAACUUUACUCUGUUUGUGAUAAAAUAAUGGACCUUUUUCUUACUUUUAAUGAGUACAAAUUUCAUGAGAAAAUAGUUUCUGCAAUGACUACUAUGCUGGAUAUUUGUAAAGAAAAAUUUAAAAUAAGAAAUGCUACUAAGAAGCUGAAAACUUUAAUGAAGCUGUAUGAUCCUUUCAAAAGGUUAAAUCUGUGGUAUGAACCUAUUAUAGAUGUGGAACUUAGAUACUAUAUUUUUCAAGAUCUAAAAGAACUCAUUAUGAAGCUCACAUCUUACACUGUUGAUAUUAAAAAUGACACAAAAAGAUUAAAAACUGAAUUAUGAAAUACUGAA